AUGCUGAGCCGCCUGCAGGAGCUGCGCAAGGAGGAGGAGACGCUGCUGCGGGUGAAGGCGGCGCUGCACGACCAGCUCACCCGCCUCAAGGUGGAAGAGCUGGCACUGCAGUCUAUGAUCAGGUCCAGAGAGGAGAAGGCAACAGUCCCUUCGGCAGCCGUUGCAGAGGAGACGCACAAAACUCUUGGGCAGAUGGACAAUGAGGCUGCUAUCAAUCAAACUGAAUUACACCUAAGUCUUCAAGAUCAUGAAGAGGAGGAGGAAGAGGAGGAGGAAUCUGAUUCUUGAGAGAAAAAAAUCAGAGGUGGUUUUUAAUACAGACUCAGGAAUUUCUUCUUCACUCAUAUAAAAUUCACCGACUGAUUUUCAUUUUGUUCUGUAUAUGAACUAUAUGAUAUGCAAGACUCUUGGAGCCUAGGGAAGUUACACUUGAACACAUGAAUGUCGCAAGCUUGGCACAUCUUGACUUAGAUGUUAAAAGAAUGAAAAUUUGCUGCACAAAUAUGUAGCAUAAUCUGUUCUGCAUUUAAAACCUAAUGUAGCUUACUACAUCUUUGUAUGCAGAUGGGAGAAGUCGUUAAUCAAGUCAGACUAAUUUAACACGUACACUAAAAGCAAUAAGUUGUCUGUUCUUAUUUCCUGAUGCUGAAAAAUAAAACCAGGCCAUGGAGGCUGGUUGCUGAACCAAUGAUUAUAUUAUAACCUCAUUUGCCUAAACUGGGAAUUUUAAGAUAGGUGGUGAGAAAAGAUGUGUCCAGGAUUGUCUCCAGGCUUUCAGCUGCUAUGCGCUCAGUUACACAGACGACGGGACUUACGCUCCCUAUCAAUGCGAUCGAGAUGUAGGUGUUCUUACACGGGGAGAAGCAGGUACUGCAUCUGAGUGCGGUAACGAGGUGGCCUCUCUGUACCUACUGGUGCUCUUCUUAAGUACUGUCUGUCUGACUGUAACAGUGAGGUAUUCUCUACUUCCUGCUCUUUCAGCGUAGCAGCCAAUUAGCCUUUUAUUUGUCCACAAAUUGUACAGUAAGAAUUGGUCCCUGUUACUUGUAAUAAGGAACUAGUAUUUUUAAAUUAGUGUUACCUUCUUUUUCCCUCACAGUAACUUCAUAAAUCAAUGCAAGUCCACCUUCUGCUUUCAAGUGAGCUUUGAGGAGGAGUAGGAAUUUAAGAACUUAGUAAUAAAACAGAAAGUGAAGUCCCCUCCAUAAUUUCUUUAAUGGUACGGUAACAUGCUAGUGCUGCUCUUACCGGUAGACAGUAUGUUCUUUCUCCUCGUGGAGUGCACACACCAUGGGGUGCAGCUGGUUAUUUUAUCAAUUCUUAAAGACUUGUUUUAAAGCACAGAAACCCAAACUGAUUAAAAACAAUAAAAGUAAUAUUCUAACAACUCAGCCACUUUGUCAGCUGUCUUACUAGGAAAAUGGUCAGUUAUAUCAAGGGUUGUUUAUUGCACAACUCUGAUCUAAAGGUGCUGUUGCUGUCUCUGGCAUCAUUCAGAGAAAACAGAGUAAACACUCUGCUGAAGUUUGCUUUUAAGAGCAGGAAAGGAAUGUGGAAGUGUGUCCUGCGUCCUGGGUGUGGUCAGAACACACAAUUCAACCUCCAAUGAGUUCCUGCCACUUGCUUGAGGAGAGAUUGUUUAUUUGGCUCUUACUUGGUUUGUAGCGAUAGAAACUGAAGGCUGGAACAUAAAUGUAGCUUCAUCCUGUACUAAAAACUAAUUCGUUUUUGAAAAUCCUGGAUGUCUUAAUGAAGGAGCUUACAACAUGAGUGCAGAAGAUUUAGCAAAGCUUUCCGAAGACUGACAGGUAAAAAAAACCUGAAAGUCUGAGCUGAAAAUGUUACGGCUUGGAGUGUCAAAUAAUUCUUUGAAAGUGGGUUUGUAAGGAGCUCAGAAGCCAGCCUGUCCCUCCUUCGUGUGGUUCAGCUCCAAAAGGGUAAUUUUGACAGCUGAAGAAUGUUGUUUGUCCCCAGCAUGGUCCAGAGCAGUUUUCAUGGCUAUACUUCCUGCUGCCUUCUGUGAAUGAGUCCCUUGCUUGCUUUUGGAUUAAAACAGACCAGUUCUAUUGCAUGCUGCAAUAAAGUACUUUUCCUGGUGUCCUACUACAUAAAACUGUGCUUGCCGUGUUCAAAUUAUUGCUGUCUGUGGCGCAAACAAGUAAAAUGGGAGUUAAAUCUCUAAAAACUUGCUGUUCAUGUAUUCCAUAUUUCUUUUAUCAAAUAUUAAAAAGUAUUAUUGUA